AUGUGUGUCAAACUUGUCUAUGCCCAUAAACGUCGAGGAGGUGCUUUUGUCUUUGUUAAAAAUGGAAUGAUGGAUUCGAUUCAAUUUGGAAAAGAUGCUUAUGUUUACCUCAAGAAUCCACCACCAGAAUUUCUUCCCAAAGCUGGAGUAAUUACAGUAUCAGGCCUAGCUGGCGUAGUGCUGUCAAGAAAAGGUUCGAGAUUUAAGAAAAUUGUUUAUCCAUUGGGACUUACUACUUUAGGAAUUUCGGUUUGUUACCCAGCUCAGUCAGUAGUAAUUGCUAAGGUAACAGGAAAAAGGGUGUUUUCUGCAAGCCAUCAAACCUAUGAAGCAGUACGAUCGCUGUGGGUGAAAAAGGAAGAUAUCACAAAGUUUGCCUCUCUCUCUCCUUUAAGUGAAGUGCUCAAAACUGGACAUAUUACAGGAGCUGAAGCCUUGCCAGCACUAAGUAGAGAGGAAUAUUUACCUCCCGUAAAUUACAUGUGGAACUCGGGGACAGUGAAGACAGCAAAAUUUAAACCUGACCCCGAACUUAUGGACCAUGGUCAGUCCAGCCCGGAAGAUGUGGAUAUGUACAGUACUAGAAGCUAA